CAAAUAUUUGUCUUUAAUUUUUUUUUCUACCAAAACUUGUUAGCGUUAAAACAUUGAAAUUCUUCAUUCCUAAGCAAAUUCCCAUUAUUCCAUCACAGUUGUACUUCACCAUGAACCAUCAGUUCUCUCAACUCGAUGAAGGUGUCUCCUCCGACGUCGAAACGGCGUCUGCUUUCCAGAUGGCGGUUGCCACGGUUCUCCUAGCUUUGCUUUUGCAACUCUUUUGGCGUUGCUGUUGCUCAUGUUACUGUAACCAUGUUAAAAAAUAUGUAUCUUUUUUUUUAUCGUCCUCCGCCUGUGGCAUGGACCCGUCGACGAUCGCCGCCGUGGAGAACAUCCUUAACUACACGUUCAAAAACAAAACCCUCCUCGUGGAAGCCCUGACGCACUCUUCAUUCAACCCACACAAGUCGUUUGCAAGACUUGAGUUCAUCGGAGACGCCGCGCUUGGCUUAGCGGUUGCUACCCAUUUCUUUUGUUUGGAGCAGCCCAAGCUGACAACUGAACAGCUGACAAAUCUCCGAAAAGUUAUUGUAAGCAACAAGAAACUCGCGCGCAUCGCGGCUGAGCAUGGACUUUACUGGUUCGUCAGGAGAAAAAACAUUGAAGAUCUUGACUACCUGGUUAAGGAGUAUGAAGGUGCAGUGAAACAGGGAGAUGAUCAAACCAUUAAAGAUCAACAUCCAGGUAUUUUGGCUGACAUUGUAGAGUCUCUGGCAGGUGCUGUGUAUUCGGAUGUCGACUUUGAUCUAAAAGAACUGUGGCUGAUAUUUAGAGAUCUAUUGGGGGUGGAUGAAAUUGAGCUGCCAAAGGAUGGAGAUGAUGGGUCUUCUGAGAUUACUGGUGCACAAGACCAGUUGUAUGGACUAUGUGGCAGGAGAAGGUGGACAAAACCUUGUUACAGGGAAGAGAAAGCUAGAGAUCGUGAUGCUUGCAAAUACGUAUAUUCAGUUGAAAUUGGAAUUGGAGAUCUUGUACUUACAGAAAAGGGUUAUGAAAAAUCUUCAAAAAAGCUUGCCAAGAACUCUGCAGCUUACCUUUUGAUCUGUAACCUUCAAAAAUCUCGUAGGAUGUGAUGCCACUUGCUGAGAGGAUCAUAUCUAUUAGAUGGGUAAUGUUUGUUAAAUGUAUUGCUGUAAGCUGUAAAUCGACUUGAAAAACUUGCAAUGGAUUUACUAUAGUGCAAGAUAUAUAUGAAGGCAGUUUUAGACAGCAAAGUCCAGAUUACCUUUGAACAAUAAAUCUGUUAGUUUGAAAUUUUGUGACAUUCGCCAAUGCGGUUAUAUGAGUUGAUAAAAUUCGAAGACUUUGCUUAUUAGGUUGAUUCGAAUCCUGCUGCCAACAGUUUCCCUUGAUAGGUAACCUGUAAAUUCAAUGUAAGUCCCGUUGGUCUCGGAAUGGGAAAGCCUUCCCUCAUCCUAAACUUUUAUAUUCCGAAAAAAAAAAUGAUGGUUCUUGAAUCAAUAAAACAGAAAUUUAUGCUCUUUAAACCAAAGAUUAAUGUUAUUUUGGGUUUUCCCCUUCUACCAAAAGGGCAAAUGCUCCAAUUAUUUCUUCAAGGGGAAAAAAUGAAUUUGAGAUAAAAUGUA